GCCCCUCCCCUCGUACCUUGCAUCGUAUAGCUGCAUCUAUCCAUCUAUCCAUCUGUCCAUACGUCCAUCUUCCUCAUCGCAUCCCUGCAAGCCAGCCAAUUGACGAACUGUAACAGGAACAAUGGCGUCGACGAAGCGUCGUAUCACUCCCAAAUGCGAGGGCUCUUACAGGUUCGACCCAGAUCUCUUCUUUGAGCAGUGGAACGACAAGUCUUCACCACAGCACAGCGGCGACUUUCGCAAUUCGAUCAUACGCUCUUUCGGGCUGAAACCUGAUGACUCGUACCAAUACCAUGCAGAAAUUGCUGUCGUUACUCUCAAGGAUGCACAGCAGGUCGUCGACUUCGGGGAAGUAGGUGGAUUACACUCGUGGUACCUGGACGAAAAGGAGAAAGAGCUUCCACACCCGUCCCCCGACGACUCCAAAGCCUACGCAUCCCUCUUCCUCCCCACGAACAACCUCGUCCGUGCUCUCACCGGCUUCCGCUCCAAUGCAAAGAAAGGCUCUCUCCGUGAGCAAAUUGCUCAACAUCUCGCCAACAAUCUCGUAGUUCCCAUUGCUCCUCUCGCUGUACCAUCCAAGCCGAAGUCUGCGCCCAAAAACCCCUAUCUCGACCUCUGGGCGUGGUCGUGUGAAAAUCUUGAAUGGGCUGGACCCAUACCUACAAACACAAAGACAGAGCAUGCUCACCACAUCCUGCCAGUCUUGUACCACCAUUUUGGCUGCGCUGUGCCCACACAUGCUGCACUCAGUCUGAUUGCGCAGGUCGCGCAGGUACGCACGAAGCCCAAGCCCAUCAUUGAGGUCGGCUCUGGUACGGGUUAUUGGACGUUUAUGCUUCGCAAAACAUUCCCAGAGCUCACCGUCCUGCCAAUCGAUAAUCUCCAGUCGAAGUACCGCGUCCGAUGGAUCGGUGACACGCUAGUGCAAGAUGGGCCAACGCAUAUUGUCACCCACAAGGGAGGCGAGGGACAGGUGUUGUUGCUGGUAUACCCGAUCGUGAGCGAGGAUUUCACGGGCAAGAUGCUGCGCGCGUUCAAGGGCGAUGCGGUGUGUGUUGCGGCAACGCAAAAUGGGAAUGGACACAGUGCAUUCAAGGGAGAAACGGUCGCGGAUUGGGUGAAGAGGGAGAGACCAGACUGGGAGGAGGCUGCUAGGGUGCCCUUGCCAAGUUUUGCGGGCAAAGACGAGGCAUUGUUUGUGUUCAGGAAGAGGGCGGCAGUGGAGGAGGUGGCAUGAUUACCGUGAUUAUUGCCCUCAUAAGCGACAACACCUGCUGGCAGCAUCGUAUCAAAAGUAUGGCGGCUCCGUCCCUGUCCAUGUAUAUAUCCUCAACCACAAGAGCCAUACACCACGUAGUGGUUCCCGAGGAAAAUCGCAAGCACUUUUCAACAGGGGCGUGCUGCGUGUACGUUGAUAGGGCUACCUGAACUUGACCAUCUAGACCGUGCGAAGGAAUAUCACAAUCCGAGGCAAGCAAGCCUUGAUACUUCUAGUAAGGUCAAAGGACUUUGUUCGUUCAUAAAUGUGUCUCCAAAUAUGAGCUUGU